GCCACAGGUAUUGCUAUGGCGGACGCAGCGCAGCCAGCAGCACAGCAAGCUUGACAGCAAGCAUGCAAAGCGAGUGAGAAGACCGAUGACUGAUACCGAUAACAGCGGCUGCUGUUGUGUCCAUUGCUGCCGCCGUGGCGGCAACAAAAACUUCUCUGCAGUGUGUGUGUGUGGAUAUGUGUAGUGUGCUUCGCUUCAAAUCUUUUUUCCGCAAGUAUAUAACGAAAAUGGAAUGAGUAAUAUUCAAUGAGACCUUCUUUCAUCAAAUGAAUAUUCAAUCAAAUAUCUCGUUUCAACUGUAAAUUCCGAUAUUCGAAUUUUUCAACGAGAGUUUUACGUCGCACAUUGGCUUUAUAUCAUGCAAAGGAAAGCAGAAAAUUUAUGAUCAAUUAAUUUUGUGGUUAUUCGUUCAGCUAUACGAUAUCUAUAUUUUAACAAUUUUAUAAGAAGAAAAAUGAACGGUAUACGAUACGCAUCAGCGUGUUUUGGUGGACCCCAUAAGUUAGUUCGUGAGUUACCGAAACAGUGGUGUUACAAAAUUCGAACGAUCAGGGCAAAUAUAGGUACAUCAGGAUCUCGAGGGUUUCACCGUUCCAUUGAGUGUUUUGCUACUGCUGAAGAGGAAUCUGACAAACUUUCGAGGAAGACCAAAAGGAAUUUAUUUCAUGGUCCGGAUCUCGCGGAUUUCAUCUUGGCUAAUAGGAAAUCCAACCAUUUGCCCAAUACUAAGACCGACGUAGUACCCUAUUUGAAGAAUGUUGAGAGCGGAGGACUUUCAGUGUACUUUGAAGUAUACGGCUGUCAAAUGAAUGUCAAUGAUUCCGAUGUGGUCUGGGCGAUCCUGAAAAAACAUGGUUAUAAAAGAUCAGCGGAUAUCAACACGGCAAAUAUAAUUUUAUUGGUGACUUGCGCCAUUCGUGAAAAAGCUGAAGAAAAAGUUUGGAACAAGCUGGAGUACUUGAAGGCUCUAAAGGCUAGGAGAAGGCCAUUGGGACACAAAUAUCCCAUGAAGAUUGGGUUACUCGGGUGCAUGGCUGAACGUUUAAAAGACAAAGUCUUGGAAAGAAAUCGAGCGGUGGACAUUGUCGCGGGUCCAGAUAGUUACAAAGAUCUUCCACGUCUUCUAAUGCUCUGCGAUCGAAAUGAAACUGCUAUUAACGUCAUCCUUUCGGCCGAUGAGACCUAUGCAGAUGUCAUGCCUGUAAGAUUCAACGAAAACUCAAAAAGUGCUUUUGUGACUAUAAUGCGGGGCUGCGACAAUAUGUGCUCUUAUUGUAUAGUACCGUUUACCCGCGGAAGAGAAAGAUCGAGGCCAGUCACGAGUAUUCUUAGCGAGGUGCAACAUUUAUCCGAUCAGGGUGUCAAAGAAAUAACGCUCCUGGGACAAAACGUCAACAGCUAUCGGGAUCUUACACAAUCUGAUUUUUAUGUAGACGCUAAAGCUCCGACCGAUAUGGCCAAGGGUUUCAAUACUGUUUAUAAGACUAAAAUGGGAGGUUUGCGAUUCGGUGAACUUCUCGAUAAGGUAUCGCUGAUAAAUCCUGAAAUACGAAUAAGAUUCACAUCUCCGCAUCCGAAGGAUUUUCCAGACCAAGUUCUCCAAUUGAUUGCUGAACGACCAAACGUUUGUAAACAAUUGCAUUUACCCGCUCAGAGCGGAAAUUCCGCGGUUCUCGAACGCAUGCGUCGAGGAUACACUCGCGGGGCUUAUCUCAAACUGGUCGAUCACGUACGAAACAUUAUUCCUAAUGUAUCGCUGUCGAGUGAUUUUAUUGCUGGUUUUUGCGGCGAAACUGAGGCGGAAUUCAUGGACACUCUCUCUCUAAUGGAAAUGGUCGAGUACAACAAAGCAUAUUUGUUUGCUUAUAGUAUGAGAGAGAAAACUACGGCUCAUCGACGGCUAAGCGACGACGUUGCUAUGGACACGAAACAGGAGCGACUCAGAAAGAUGAUUGAUCGGGCCAAAAUUUCGGCUGAAAAAUUGAACGGGCACCAGAUAGGGAGUCAACAACUCGUACUCAUCGAAGGUCAUGGUCGAAAGAUGAACAAUGUUUUGGUAGGACGGAACGAUGGAAAUACGAGGGUUGUUAUACCGAACGAAGUAAUACCGGAGAGUAGCGAAACUCAUCGAUCGCGGUCAAUAAGUCCCGGUGAUUAUGUAGUCGUACAAAUUUAUAAUGCGAAUAUGAAUUCGCUUUUAGGAGUUCCUCUGUAUCAUUCAUCAAUAUCGAGCUACAUUCUAGAAUCGGAAAAACACAGACAGAAUAUCGUUGAAAUAAGAUGAAAUUUAUUUAAACAAUACUAAUUUUACGCGAGUCUCGAAAGAUAAUAUGGAGAAAUGAACAAGCGUUAACAAGUUACUUAUUGUACAUGAAUACACGUUAUACGUUAUUACCUUUGAACUGUACUAUUGACAAAAAAUAAAUAUAUUCGUCCUUUA